UACGGGUAACGUCAAUAGUCGUUCGGUCGAGUGCUAGUUAUCGUUUAACGUUCGAAUUCGGGGGUGAGACAAUGUCGUUAGUAAAAAAAAAAUACAGAACAACUCUGAUGCCCCAGCCAGACUCUCCUGACAAUAAUUACGGGCGUCUUGAGAUCAAGAUGAAGAACAUUUGCUGCGUCUUCUGUAAAAAAACGUUUGUCAUCAGAGAUCAUUUUCGCUUUGGGAAAAGUACAAUGCCCUUGGCACGAUCUUGUGGACAUGUAAUUUGUGAUACAUGCUCGAAAGUCAGGGCACACGAGGCCUGUCCUGUCUGCAAAGACACCCCACCCCUCCCUGGUUGCAAUCAGAGCACUGAGCCAACGCUCCAUGUUUAUGUCAUGGGACUGUUGAAUAUCAACAGGCCGAGGCUGAGCUACCACGACGAUCCCAAACUCAACUUCGAGAAGUCCCUGAAGUCGAAGGCUCAACACAUUGCUGUCGCUGAAAGAUGCCACGAGUGCGCGAAGGUGGCAAGCGUCAAGUGUAUACCAUGUAAAAACACCUACUGCAAGUCGUGUUUCUCGAACUUACAUGUAUUCAAAACGAAUAAACACCAUAUGAUGACUCCACUGGAUGCAAGUCUAGCAAAUUUAGUUUAUUUGCCAAUUUUCUGCGAUCAACACAAGGACCAGAAGUUCACACACUGGUGUGAAAACUGUGAAGAACCUUGCUGUCACGACUGUGGCUUCGAAAUUCAUCGAACCCACACUGUAAUCAGACUCAGAGAAAAGAAUCUUCAGAUCCUGGAUGAGUUCCAGGAAGCCUGCGCCAACCUAGGAGACACCUUCCUCCUCACGAGAGAUUCCCGAAAGAGAGUUGCUGAGGCCCUCAAGGUACCUGAUGAGCCGGAGAGCGUCGCUAACAUUGAGGCGGAGAUCAACCAGCAUUUCUUGCAUCUUCAUGGUGUCCUUCAGAAUAUUGAAGGGAAAAUGAUUGAGACACUUCGCGCGCAAAUGCAUCGACAGGAGAGGAAUCUGCAGGAGAUUGACGAGCAGCUUGAGAGAAUCGAGAAGAAUCUCGAGGCUGGGGUUUUGGUGGCCACCUCAGUGGAGCAGCAUUUCGACCAUGUGCAUCUAUUCGAAGUAAUUCAUAAACUGGUCUCCCUUGCAGAGAGUCCAUGUCACUUUGUGCAUGACCAGACGAAGCCCACAUCGGAGACCAUCAAAUUUCACUCGAAGUUGCUGGACAUAGUCCCCUGCCUGGAGAAACACUGUCGCCUCGAGGUGGAGGCGAUGCCCUCCUCAGUUCACCUCCUCCCCCGCACAUUCCUCCCCGUCGAAUCCCUCCCAGACGUAUCCCCUGAUUUGGCCUCGAUUCCUGCCCUCUUCGAGAACGACAAAUUCCAUGAGAAAAUAGCCUCCCAGUCCUUCACCUCCCUGUCCUCGCUGGCGUCCUCCGGCACCCCUCCCUCAACCGAGACCGAGACAAUCCGUCCUGCACACACGUCAAUUCCCCUCUUUCCGGACAGCUCUAAACGAAUGAACUACUUCGACGUCUACAUCACCCACAUCGACUCUCCCUCGAGCUUCUACAUUCGAUACGCGGCAGAAGGAAGCAAAUGGGCGACUGUCCAGGAGAAACUGAAGACCUAUGAUUACGCUGUGAUACCUCACGAUAUAAAACUUCGGAAGAAUUACGCUGUCAAGAGUGCGGAUACUUGGCUGAGGGCAUCAGUAAUCGGAGUUGUUCCUGAUCACGAGAAGAAUUUAAAGACCUACGACGUGCACUUCAUCGAUGUUGGAGCGCAAGAAAGGGGAGUUAUUCGAGAGAACAUCAGGGAACUUGAGGAUUCCCUCAGCGAGAUUGAACCCCUAGCCAAGAAUUACUCUCUCUACGACAUCAAGCCCAAGGGCAAGGCCACCUGGGAGCCGGAGGCUCGUGCGGCCAUGCUGGAGGUGGUCCAGUAUUCAGAGGGGGAGACCCUGACCAUGAGGACGUACGAGGAAAGCAGUAAUGGGAUCGAUGUGCUCUGCCCCAACAAGAAGAAGUGGUACGCCCAGUCCAUUCGCGAUCACCUCAUCUUUCUCGGUUUCGGGGCGUACUCCACCCACGAGAGACUCUACAGCAUCAACCCAGAGUCAGUGGCUGCACUGCAUCAUGAUAGGUUCGAGCAGGACACUUUCACACAUGUCGUUUUGACAGAAUUUUUCAAUCCUGACGCAACUCCGAACUGCAUGUAUGUGAGGAAGGGCAGUUAUAUGGAGUCGACUUUCAACAAGAUGAUGGACGACCUGCAGAGGGAUUAUGACAGGAAUAAACAUACCAGGGGAAAGGUUUACACUCCUGAGAUUGGUCUCAUCUGUGCUGCCCGUUCCUCAUCGAAGAAGUGGUACCGUGCAGUGGUAGUGGGAACCCCAGGCAAUCAAAACGUCCAAGUCCUCUACGUGGACUACGGUUUCACAGAAACCAUCAAAUACAGCUCGCUGCGUCAAUUGGACACCGUUUACAUGAAGGCUGCCACCAGAUCUUUUAAUUCCCUUCCCCGACAGGCAAUUAAAAUAUCCCUGAAGGAUGUAGCCCCACUGAAUGGAGUGUGGUCACCCCAAGCUAUGAUUCAACUACGUGAAUGGAUGCAGGCUUGCGUUAAACUCGUUGCCUACGAGAAAAUCGAUGACUACUUCUCAGUGACGGUUGUCGACACCCUCAACAACGAGAAUCUGAAUGCGCGCCUUGUUAAAAUGGGUUUUGCUGAGAGUACAGGGCCAGCAUCGAGACAGCCCAAUCCGCGGAGGAUCCCUGAACUGCUGAACUCCCCCGACUCCUGUGAGUCAGUGAAGAUAAAGCCGAAACGAUAUAAGGGCAAGUGCAAGAAAUCAAAGACACGCGAUAACAGUUCAUCAGACGCCUUGAGAACCCCAACGAAGAAGGCCCCCAAGGACAUCUUCCCCAAGAUCAGGGACAUCAGGGAGGACGACCCCUGGAAGGUGCACGUGACACCAUUGAGGAUCAUCUCCCCAGACGAGAUCUACGUCUCCCCCUUCGACAUCGACGACAAGUACUCAGAGAUGGACAAAGCCCUGCAGAGGUCGUACAGAACGUUCAAAGCGAGCAAGGAUCGUGCCUGGCUGGUUGGCAAUGUCUGCGUGAUAAAGCUGAAGACCUCAAACGUCUUCAGAAGGGCUGAGAUCAGGGAGAUAAACUCCCCAGAGGAGGUUUUAGUGUACCUCCUGGACAUCGGUGACUCCUUGGUGGUGUCUCUCGAGGACCUCCAGCCCCUCCUCGAGGAGUUCAACGACGUCCCAGCGAACGUUGUUCUGGUGAAGCUAGGGGGGAUCUACCCACCUGGGGGCUCAGUCCAGUGGCCCACAGCCUCCUGCGACAAGCUGAAGGAGAUCGUCGAGGAGAACCAGGGCAGCAGGUUCUUCAUCUCGAAGAUAUCUGAGGACGACUCCCCCAUGAUUGUAGACUUCUUCGUGGAGGAGACCAAGUGCUUUGGCGCUGUGGAGCCAGCGGAACGACAGGUCAAUGUCAUCAAUCAGAAGUUGGUGGAGGCUGGGCUGGCACUGCCCAUCAGGAACUUCAGUGACACCAAGGUCAAGAUCCUGGGGGCUGAUGUGGAGAAGGCACUCGUCAUCGGGGAUAAAAAUCCAGUUGUCGAGGUGUUUGAAGAGGCAAAGGAGACGAGUGAUGACGACACUGAUGACUCGGGGACCAUCAAGGAUUAUGAGUCUGAUGAGUCUGAUGUGCCCACUGAGGAGCCGAAUCUCUACUGCUCGGUAUUACCUGAGGAUUCGCCAGCCUGGCUGCCUCCUGAGGCAAUUCCUGACGACAUAUUCAUUGGGCCAGCCACUUUUGUCGACUGGAAGGCAUUCGUGUACUUCGUGACGGCUGAGAACAAUCUCAAGCUCACUGAGAUCAAUCGACAGCUGCAGGACGUGUAUCAGAUGGACAGGAACGUCGAUGGCAUCAAUAACUGGCAGAUUGGGGAUCUCUGCAUUGUGAAGAUGCAUCGCUUCAACACCUGGCACAGAGCGCAGGUCAGGGGGAAGAAGAAUAAUCAUCUUGUUGUCUGUUUUGUCGAUUAUGGAAACAUCGAGUGGAUGAGCACUUCGGAGGUGCGGAAGAAGCUGAUGUUCGAGGAUGUUCCCAUUCUCGUCAGCAAGUGCAAGAUCUUCGGGAUGACACCCAAUAAUACUUUCAAGAGCUGGACCAAACUCGAUCUCGACAGGAUGCACAAUAUCCUCGUGGGGAGGAAGUGGAGGGUGGAGAUUCUUCAGAGGAUGAGUCACCAUCUUGAGGUUGCUGUGAGCCAUCCAUCACAUCCUCAUGAGAAUAUCGUUAAUAUCAUGAGGAAGUUCAUGAUUGAGGUGAUCAUCGACACAGGUGAGAGUUCAGGAAGUGGAGACACUGAUGUCGUCGUUGAGGAGGUGCUCGUGGCAGAUGAUCCCGAGGAGAUACUCAUGUCUGAGAUUGAUCUUGAUGCUCAGUACGUGUCGGACAGCCCUGAGGAGGUGACCCCACCGUAUGACGAGGUUGUCAGUGUUCGUGCAGAGAAACUCAUCAGGGAUUUCCACGAUAAUUGCGUCGAGAUAUAUCCUGCCAUCACUCUUCCCGAUGGAAUCGAGAUGUUUUAUGGGGCUCUCGGGGAGGUCUCGAGGGACAGGGCCACCACCAUCUGGGUGCAUCCAGCGGGGACUCCUGGGUGUGAAUUUCUGACAGCUCUUUCUCAGAUGUACAGCAAACUCAUGAAGGAGAUGGAUAAGGAGGCGGAGGAGCAGCCACUGCUGGAGGUGAUCGAGGCCGGGGUGCCCUGUUGCGCUGUUUAUGAGAGUGACCAGAGCUGGUACAGGGGAAGGGUCGUCUCAGUCAUGAAUGAUGGGGAGACCACCAUCGUUCAGGUGAAUUUCGUCGACUGGGGGAAUUCUGAGUGGAUCAACUCCACUGAUCUUAGGGUGCCUAAGGAGACGUGGCUGAGGGUCCCUGCCACUGCCAUCAAGUGCUAUCUUCAUGGGCUCAGGGUGGGGGAAGACAACUCGAUGGCCAGGGAGUGGCUGAAGAAGUUUGGAACUUCCAAGAAUCAUCCUUUGACCAUCAGGGUGGAGGCUAGGAUCGAGGACUGCCUCAGUAUCCAGUUGUUUGUUGAUAGGGAGUGCCAGAUGCUGUUGUAUCAGUCUCUGAUAGAGAAGGGAAUGUUCAAGAAGGAUGUCAGGAAGGUCCUGGAAGAGGAGUUUGCGUAGUUGAGGGGAGAACGGCUGAGUUCGGUCAAUUGAUUGUUUUUUUGGUUUUAUGGACUCGGGGAGAGUUUUUUAGAUGGAUGAUAGAAGAAAUCAGACGUUUUCAUGUUAUCAAUCCAAUUAUGAAUGGAUUUAUUAUAUUAUUUCAUACUGGAGUGAAAAUUUUCAUGAUUGAAUCAGAUAUUUUCGUGUUAUCAACUUAAGACAUAAUAUUGUGAAUCGGUUUAUUAUGUUAUUAUGUUCAGUUGUCCUGGGGAGAAGUUGGAGGUGCUCUACAUCAGUCCCUGCUGGAGAAGGGAAUGUUCCUGGGAUAGGAGGUUGUGUGACUGGGGUUGGAGGGAUAUCCAAAGUUUAUUCACUUCAUUAAUGCUUUAUUUUAGGUGUGUUUUAUAGAGUUUUAAUUACUAGAUAACGAGAAAAGUGAGAAGUAAAAAAGAAGAAAUAAAUAAACGAAUCCAGGAAUUAGGAAAAUUCAUCAUCAAAUCGAGAGAUUCCACAUGUUUAAGGCAAAUGAAUAAUUUAAAUAUUUAACUUUUUUUUUAUUCAUGAUUGUAAUUGGGUUUAUUAUCUUUAUGAGUGAUAUUCAACCAUUGUGAAGAGAAUAUCAAUACCAAAAAAUUUAUCGUCAACAAUUUAGUUCUUUAUGCCAUACACUUAAUUUACAUUCUUUUUUUCUUGUAUUAGUAUUCUUUGCGAUAAUAAUAAGAAAAAGAAGACUGCGAGCUUCCAGAAUAUUAAGAAAGAUAAAACACCAACAAGAGAAGACAAGACUUCAUAUUUAACUUGUUAAAUAUUCAAAGUUUCUAAUUUUUUACGAAGAAUAUUUGGAAACGUGACUUAGUACAUUUACCUAUAUCUUAUUACCUACGAUAUAAGAUAUAAUAAAUAUAAAAAUAGAGGGAUUUGUGAAGAAAGAUGAAGCUCAUUCAAUAAUGAUAUACUUUGUAAUAAUUUUAUUACGUUCAUAAUAAAAGAACAUUUAGAUAAUCA